AGGAGCCUUUCCCUUCUACUUUCCUCCUCUUCUCCUCUUGGACUAGGAGAGAUAGUACCUCCACCUCUUCUCCUCUUGGACUAGGAGAGAUAGUACCUCCACCUUUUCUCCUCCUUGGACUCGGAGAGAUAGCACCUCCUCCUCUUCUCCUCCUUGGACUAGGAGAGAUAGCACAUCCUCCUCUUCUCCUCCUUGGACUAGGAGAGAUAGCACCUCCACCUCUUCUUCUCCUUGGACUAGGAGAGAUAGCACCUCCACCUCUUCUCCUCCUGGACUCAGAGAGAUAGCACCUCCUCCUCUUCUCCUCCUUGGACUUGGAGAGAUAGUACCUCCACCUCUUCUCCUCCUUGGACUAGGAGAGAUAGCACAUCCACCUCUUCUCCUCCUUGGACUCGGAGAGAUAGCACCUCCACCUCUUCUCCUCCUUGGACUAGGAGAGAUUGCACCUCCACCUCUUCUCCUCCUUGGACUAGGAGAGAUAGCACCUCCACCUCUUCUCCUCCUUGGACUAGGAGAGAGAGCACCUCCACCUCUUCUCCUCCUUGGACUAGGAGAGAUAGCACCUCCUCCUCUUCUCCUCCUUGGACUCGGAGAGAUAGCACCUCCAGCUUUCCCUCUCGUUCCACCCAACCCUCCCAGGGGAUAAGGAACAGAGCUGGGACUGCCUUACCUCACACACCAAGACAUAAACCACAUCACUAAACUGGGGCUUUUGUGGGACAGUCUACAUUUGUUGUUAGUUUUAUCCUGGCACCUUCAUCCUACCUAUCAUCGACACCAUCGCUAUCAACAGAAUUGCGCUUCACAGCAUCCACUUUUCAAGACCCUGUGUGGGACUACUCUCCAAUCUCAACAUGUAUCUGGAGAAUAAGAGCGACCUGGACCUGAAGUCCCCAGCAGCAGCCCCAGGCCUCCAGGGAAGGUCCAGUCUGAGGACAGCGGAGGCGGUAGCAGGGGGCUACGGUGAUGUGGCGGGGAACUUCGGAGGUCUGCGUCUAUUGGAGGGAUUCUCAGGAAGGAUAGAGUCUCAGAAACUACAGCAGGCCUCCGCCAGAUCCCCGGGGAACUGUGUUAUGCAUGCUGAAGACAGACAGAGCUUCAGUAUGGUCAACUUUCUGAAGGGAAAUACCAACCAGACCAACUCCAACCACACAGAGAGAUCUCCCCUCAUCAGGUUCUCCCAAGAUGACAGUAUAACGUACAUGACCCUGUAUGAGGGGGAGGAGACGUGGGACAACAGCAGUUUGGAGCUGGAUAGGAGGUGUCGUCUGGGGAGUGAGGUCACUAGCCUGUCCCUGUCACGAUCCUCCUCCACAGAGAAAGACCCUCUGGACGUACACCUAAACUUCAAACUCUCUAACAGCAUGAGAUCUUGCCUCUCCAUCUUUAAAAUCGCCUGUAUCUUCACCUUUGUCGUCCUCAUGUCUUUGUUCUUCAGUAUGUAUCCAGACAGAGACAACCCGUGGAGAAUGCUGGCUGUCUCGCCUACAGAGAGCUUCUCUUUGAACCUGACGGAUUUCCGUGACAACGCCUUGUUGAAGCUGCAGGUGGGCGGGCCUUUCGUGAGUGGCAUGGUGGAUCUGACCAAUGAGGAGUACAUCCUUAUUCAGGUGGAGCAGACUGAAGAGGCGGGGCUACGGAGAAGGCGGGUCCAGACGGUGAUCUAUAACUGGACCAUACCUCUGCAUUCUGAACGGAGUGACCAGGUUAUAACAACAAAAACAUUUCAGAUGUUGAGCAGUGACCCCAUCGUCGUCACGGUGCAGGCGUUCCUCCAGGACGACUCCAUUGUCCCUCUCUCCAUGACCCACCAGUCGCUCUACGUAACCGCGGAAAGGCAGGUGGUCAUUGCUGCAGUCAUCCUGGGAGGAGUUUACGUCCUCAUCAUCUUCGAGAUUGUCCACCGUACUCUGGCGGCCAUGUUGGGAUCCCUGGCUGCCCUGGCUGCUCUGGCCAUGAUCGGAGAUCGUCCCAGUCUGAGCACUGUGGUGGAGUGGAUCGACUAUGAGACUCUGGCUCUUCUGUUUGGCAUGAUGAUUCUAGUUGCCAUCUUCUCAGAGACUGGCUUCUUUGACUACUGUGCUGUGAAGGCCUACCAGCUGUCCAGAGGAAAGGUCUGGCCCAUGAUCAUCAUCCUGUGUCUCAUAGCAGCCAUCUUGUCUGCCUUCCUGGACAAUGUCACUACUAUGAUGCUCUUCACUCCUGUUACCAUCAGAUUAUGUGAGGUCCUCAACCUUGACCCCAGACACGUCCUGAUUGCCGAGGUGAUCUUCACCAACAUCGGAGGAGCGGCAACAGCGGUCGGGGACCCACCCAACGUUAUCAUCGUCUCCAACCAGGACCUACGGAAAAGUGGGAUAGAUUUUGCUAGUUUCACAGGCUACAUGUUCCUGGGGAUCUGUGUGGUCCUCCUCACCUCCUUCCCUUUCCUUCGCCUGCUCUACUGGAACAAGAAGCUAUACAACAAGGAGUCCAGCGAGAUCGUCGAGCUGAGGCAUGAAAUCCGUGUUUGGAGGCAGACGGCGCAGCGUAUUAGCCCGGCCAGCAGAGAGGAGACGGCUGUCAAGUGUUUACUGAUGCAGAAGGUCCUCAACCUGGAAAGCGUUCUCCGCAAGCAGCUCAAAACCUUCCAGAGACAGAUAUCUCAGGAAGAUAAGAACUGGGAGAAUAACAUUCAGGAGUUGCAUAAAAAGAACAGAAUAACAGACCGAGUCCUCCUGGUGAAGUGUCUUUCUGUGCUUGGGGUCGUCAUCUUCAUGUUCUUCCUGAACUCCUUUGUUCCCAGCAUUCAUCUGGAGCUGGGUUGGAUAGCUAUCUUCGGUGCCCUGUGGCUGCUGGUGCUGGCUGACAUCCAGGACUUUGAGAUCAUUCUGCACAGAGUGGAGUGGGCCACACUGCUGUUCUUCGCUGCUCUGUUUGUCCUCAUGGAGGCUUUGGCCCAGCUCCAGUUAAUCGACUAUAUAGGAGUGCAGACGGCCCUGCUCAUAAAAGCCGUACCAGAAGAGCAGCGUUUAGCCAUGGCCAUCAUCCUGGUCAUGUGGGUCUCAGCUCUGGCUUCCUCCCUCAUCGACAACAUCCCCUUCACUGCCACCAUGAUCCCUGUCCUCAUCAACCUAAGUCAAGAUGCAGAUGUCAACCUGCCUAUCAAACCCCUUAUCUUUGCACUGGCCAUGGGAGCCUGUCUGGGAGGAAACGGAACGUUGAUUGGUGCGUCGGCCAAUGUGGUGUGUGCAGGCAUCGCUGAACAACAUGGCUACGGCUUCUCCUUCAUGGAAUUCUUCAGGCUAGGCUUCCCCAUGAUGCUAAUGACCUGUACCGUUGGGAUGUGCUACCUGCUGGCGACAAUCAUCGGACUGGGAUGGACCCUCUAACCUGCUCCUCACUGCACUACCAAAGAGAGACUGUUUGAGUGAACGUGUAGAGAGAGUUACAGAGAGUUUCAAAAUGUUGGACGCAGCUCAGAAGCUACAUGGAGAUCAAUCGUUCCUUCACAGAUUCAAAAGUUUCAGCUCAUUUGGAAAGUGGUGGACAUCAUCUCGAGCGCCUAGUCACAUUUACAGUUAUGACAUGCAGUAGUUAGCCUAAAACAGCAAUGUGUUGCAACAUGAGGAAAACAAGCUAAACCAAGUGACUCGAUCAUCAUUUACACACUUAGCGCAAACAGAGCAUGGCCAGGGCUUUUUUGCACGAUACGGCCUCAGUCUAUAGAUCGGUGCUCUUCAGUCUACAGCCCUCUCUAAUCUCUCCAUGGUGCUCUUCAGUCUACAGCCCUCUCUAAUCUCUCAAUGGUGCUCUUCAGUCUACAGCCCUCUCUAUCUCUCCAUGGUGCUCUUAAGUCUACAGCCCUCUCUUAUCUCUCCAUGGUGCUCUUCAGUCUACAGCCCUCUCUAAUCUCUCAAUGGUGCUCUUCAUUCUACAGCCCUCUCUAUCUCUCCAUGGCGCUCUUCAGUCUUCAGCCCUCUCUAUCUCUCCAUGGUGCUCUUCAGUCUACAGCCCUCUCUAAUCUCUCCAUGGUGCUCUUAAGUCUACAGCCCUCUCUAAUCUCUCCAUGGUGCUCUUCAGUCUACAGCCCUCUCUAUCUCUCCAUGGUGCUCUUCAGUCUACAGCCCUCUCUUAUCUCUCCAUGGUGCUCUUCAGUCUACAGCCCUCUCUAUCGCUCCAUGGUGCUCUUCAUUCUACAGCCCUCUCUAAUCUCCCCAUGGUGCUCUUCAUUCUACUGCCCUCUCUAAUCUCUCCAUGGUGCUCUUCAUUGUACUGCCCUCUCUAAUCUCUCCAUGGUGCUCUUCAUUCAACUGCCCUCUCUAAUCUCUCCAUGGUGCUCUUCAUUCUACUGCCCUCUCUAAUCUCUCCAUGGUGCUCUUCAUUGUACUGCCCUCUCUAAUCUCUCCAUGGUGCUCUUCAGUCUACAGCCCUCUCUAAUCUCUCCAUGGUGCUCUUCAGUCUACAGCCCUCUCUAAUCUCUCCAUGGUGCUCUUCAGUCUACAGCCCUCUCUAUCGCUCCAUGGUGCUCUUCAUUGUACUGCCCUCUCUAAUCUCUCCAUGGUGCUCUUCAUUCAACUGCCCUCUCUAAUCUCUCCAUGGUGCUCUUCAUUCUACUGCCCUCUCUAAUCUCUCCAUGGUGCUCUUCAUUGUACUGCCCUCUCUAAUCUCUCCAUGGUGCUCUUCAGUCUACAGCCCUCUCUAAUCUCUCCAUGGUGCUCUUCAGUCUACAGCCCUCUCUAAUCUCUCCAUGGUGCUCUUCAGUCUACAGCCCUCUCUAUCGCUCCAUGGUGCUCUUCAUUCUACAGCCCUCUCUAUCUCUCCAUGGUGCUCUUCAUUAUACUGCCCUCUCUAAUCGCUCCAUGGUGCUCUUCAGUCUACAGCCCUCUCUAUCGCUCCAUCGUGCUCUUCAUUCUACAGCCCUCUCUAUCUCUCCAUGGUGCUCUUCAUUGUACUGCCCUCUCUAAUCUCUCCAUGGUGCUCUUCAGUCUACAGCCCUCUCUAAUCUCUCCAUGGUGCUCUUCAGUCUACAGCCCUCUCUAUCUCUCCAUGGAGCUCUUCAGUCUACAGCCCUCUCUAUCGCUCCAUGGUGCUCUUCAUUCUACAGCCCUCUCUAAUCUCUCCAUGGUGCUCUUCAGUCUACAGCCCUCUCUAUCGCUCCAUGGUGCUCUUCAUUCUACAGCCCUCUCUAUCUCUCCAUGGUGCUCUUCAUUCUACAGCCCUCUCUAUCUCUCCAUGGUGCUCUUCAUUCUACAGCCCUCUCUAUCUCUCCAUGGUGCUCUUCAUUCUACAGCCCUCUCUAUCUCUCCAUGGUGCUCUUCAUUCUACUGCCCUCUCUAAUCUCUCCAUGGUGCUCUUCAUUGUACUGCCCUCUCUAAUCUCUCCAUGGUGCUCUUCAGUCUACAGCCCUCUCUAAUCUCUCCAUGGUGCUCUUCAGUCUACAGCCCUCUCUAAUCUCUCCAUGGUGCUCUUCAGUCUACAGCCCUCUCUAUCGCUCCAUGGUGCUCUUCAUUCUACAGCCCUCUCUAAUCUCUCCAUGGUGCUCUUCAGUCUACAGCCCUCUCUAUCGCUCCAUGGUGCUCUUCAUUCUACAGCCCUCUCUAUCUCUCCAUGGUGCUCUUCAUUCUACUGCCCUCUCUAAUCUCUCCAUGGUGCUCUUCAUUGUACUGCCCUCUCUAAUCUCUCCAUGGUGCUCUUCAGUCUACAGCCCUCUCUAUCGCUCCAUGGUGCUCUUCAUUCUACAGCCCUCUCUAUCUCUCCAUGGUGCUCUUCAGUCUACAGCCCUCUCUAUCUCUCUAUAGUGCUCUGUAGAUCCACAGGGCUCUUCAUGAUACUCUUUAGAUCCACAGGGCUCUCCAUGUUGCUCUUUAGAUCCGCAGGGCUCUCCAUGGUGCUCUGUAUAUCCACAGGGCUCUCCAUGGUGCUCUGUAUAUCCACAGGGCUCUCCAUGUUGCUCUUUAGAUCCGCAGGGCUCUCCAUGGUGCUCUGUAUAUCCACAGGGCUCUCCAUGGUGCUCUGUAUAUCCACAGGGCUCUCCAUGUUGCUCUUUAGAUCCGCAGGGCUCUCCAUGGUGCUCUUUAGAUCCGCAGGGCUCUCCAUGGUGCUCUGUAUAUCCACAGGGCUCUCCAUGGUGCUCUGUAUAUCCACAGGGCUCUCCAUGUUGCUCUUUAGAUCCGCAGGGCUCUCCAUGGUGCUCUUUAGAUCCGCAGGGCUCUCCAUGGUGCUCUGUAUAUCCACAGUGCUCUCCAUGUUGCUCUUUAGAUCCGCAGGGCUCUCCAUGGUGCUCUGUAUAUCCACAGGGCUCUCCAUGGUGCUCUUUAGAUCCGCAGGGCUCUCCAUGGUGCUCUUUAGUUCCACAGGGCUCUCCAUGGUGCUUCUGCUUAUAUGGGUAUAUUAUUAAAAUAUUUAGAUUUUUCAUGUCAUUUCUUUGGGACUCAAAAAUCUGAAUCAGCUCAGCUACAUUAUAUGGAUCCAUCAUCAUGCCCCUGUUACCCAACAAAAGGGAUGUUUCUGUGGCCUAUUAAAAGGUUGUGUGUAGUAACCUGACUUUGGGCUGGAUUCAAUUAGAUUGACAUGCGCAUAGCUGAUGUUCUGAUGGUGUCGGAGCUUGAACUGCGUUAGAGCUGUCAAAUCCACAAGCUGCUUGUUGCGAUACCUUAUCGUGGACAGCGGUGGAAAAAGUACCCAAAUGACUCAAGUAAAAGUGAAAGUCACCCAGUAAAAUAAUACUGAGUAAAAAUCAAAAAGUAUUUGAUUUAAAAUAUAUUUAAGUAGUAAAAGUAUACAUUUCAAAUUCCUUAUAUUAUUAAGCAAACCAGAUGGCACCAUUUUCUUGUUUUUCAAUUUUUUUCGAAUGUACAAUAUUUUCUUAAGGAAUGUCGUGAAGUAAAAGUAGUCAAAAAUGUAAAUAGUAAAGUAAAGUACAGAUACCCUAAAAAAACUACUUAAGUAGUACUUUAAAGUAUUUUUACUUCAGGACUUUACACCACUGAUCAUGGACACUGCCAUUGGAUACAAUGAACCACACCCCACAAUAAUCUGACAAAUCACAUGCAGCCGCGUUAGAAGUUCAUGCAGCCGCGUUAGAAGUUCAUGCAGCCGCUUUAGAAGUUCAUGCAGCCGCGUUAGAAGUUCAUGCAGCCGCGUUAGAAGUUCAUGCAGCCGCGUUGGAAGGUCAUGCAGCCGCGUUGGAAGGUCAUGCAGCCGCGUUGGAAGGUCAUGCAGCCGCGUUAGAAGUUCAUGCAGCCGCGUUAGGUCAUGCAGCCGCGGUAGAAGAUUCAUGCAGCCGCGUUAGAAGGUAAUGCAGCCGUGUAAGAAGGUCAUGCAGCCGCGUUAGAAGGUCAUGCAGCCGCGUUAGAAGUUCAUGCAGCCGCAUUAGAAGUUCAUGCAGCCGCUUUAGAAGUUCAUGCAGCCGCGUUAGAAGUUCAUGCAGCCGUGUUAGAAGUUCAUGCAGCCGCGUUAGAAGUUCAUGCAGCCGCGUUGGAAGGUCAUGCAGCCGCGUUGGAAGGUCAUGCAGCCGCGUUAGAAGUUCAUGCAGCCGCGUUAGGUCAUGCAGCCGCAGUAGAAGAUUCAUGCAGCCGCGUUAGAAGGUAAUGCAGCCGUGUAAGAAGGUCAUGCAGCCGCGUUAGAAGGUCAUGCAGACGCGUUAGAAGGUCAUGCAGCCGCGUUAGAAGGUCAUGCAGCCGCGUUAGAAGGUCAUGCAGCCGCGUUAGAAGGUCAUGCAGCCGCGUUAGAAGUUCAUGCAGCCGCGUUAGAAGUUCAUGCAGCCGCGUUAGAAGGUCAUGCAGCCGCGUUAGAAGUUCAUGCAGCCGCGUUACAUCAUCAAACACUCAAAUUAGACUGACGGCUAUUAACCCUCUCAUCCAAAUGAACACUAGCCAAACAUCAAUGGGUUGACAUUGAGAGUCAUUAUUUCAAAUCGAUAGGGCCGUUCUGAACUUCUAACACAUUACGGAUAAUAAGGACACAUGAGCAGCUGCUCACCAAUAUGUCAGCUCAUACCACAGUCACACCUCCAAAACCACCCACAACAUCUGCUAUGCGAAUGUCGGCCAACGCUGGUUACCGCUGGUUACCGUUGGUUACCGCUGGUUAACGCUGGUUAACGCUCGAUCUGAUGGAAUCCAGGUCUUAGUGUCAUAAACAAUCAAAUAUAAAAUCCGAAAUUAUGGAAAUACUCCAAUGAAGACGUGUAGGUUAGUAUGAAUACGAUGCAUAGUAUGUUGUAAUCUUGUAUGUUAUAUCAUUUUAAAUGCAUAUUCCUAUUUAAUCCCAACGAUGUAACCUAGUUAGUCAUAUUUAACAUAGACAAUGUUAAAUGACAUUAGUGCCGAUGUACUUUAAUAGGCCACAACAUUCCACGGUGUCCAGCUCAAAACCCAUAAUGUCAAUGUGUUGCUCUGUCAUGGUCUGAAAACACUGCUUCUGCAGCAUCCUUCCAGCCCGGAGCAGCCUUGUUACUGAGAAACACUGCUUCUGCAGCAUCUCUCCAGCCCAGAGCAGCCUUGUAACUGAGAAACACUGCUUCUGCAGCAUCCCUCCAGCCCGGAGCAGCCUUGUUACUGAGAAACACUGCUACUGCAGAAUCCUUCCAGCCCAGAGCAGCCUUGUAACUGAGAAACACUGCUACUGCAGCAUCCUUCCAGCCCAGAGCAGCCUUGUAACUGAGAAACACUGCUACUGCAGCAUCCUUCCAGCCCAGAGCAGCCUUGUAACUGAGAAACACUGAUGGACAUUAAGAACAAUAAAACCUUUAUCAAGUGGUGGAA